CAAAUUUCCCGAAGCUAAGUACUGUCAGACCCUCCCAGUUCAGCAGGUCUUUUUUUCUUUUUUCUUCUUCUUUUCUUCUCAUGUACAUCCUCCCCGAACAUACGCCGCCCAAUUGACUAGGUAUCAAGCGAUUUAACUUGAAUUCGACAACCCAAGCAUAAUGGAGGCGAUUGUCGAGUUUGCGGAAAAGAUUCCCCAACCGGUCUUCUUGGCCCUCGCUGGCCUGGGAGCUCUAGUUGUGGGCAAGAAGGUCCUCGCUUACUUGCGCUUCGUUGCCAGCGUCUUCCUCCUGAGUGGCACCAGCCUUCGCAAGUAUGGUGGUCCUGGCAGCUGGGCCGUCGUCACCGGUGCCUCCGAUGGCUUGGGCAAGGAAUUCGCCUAUCAACUCGCUUCUCAGGGCUACAACCUCAUCCUCGUCUCACGGACCCUUUCCAAGCUCAACGAUCUUGCCGAGGAGCUCCAGAAGAAAUACCCCAAGGUGACGACCCGGGUGCAUGCCAUGGACUUUUCUCGCGACAGGGACGAAGACUACGCCCAACUCGAAGCGGUCGCCGGCGAUGCGGACAUUGCCAUCCUCAUCAACAACGUCGGCCAGAGCCACUCGAUCCCCGUCCCCUUCCUCGAGACGACGCGCGAGGAGCUCCAGAGCAUCGUGACCAUCAACUGCCUGGGCACCCUGAAGACGACGGCGGUGAUCGCGCCCCGCAUCGCCAAGCGGGGCCGCGGCCUGAUCCUGACCAUGGGCUCGUUCGCCGGCUGGAUCCCGACCCCGUACUUGGCGACCUACUCGGGCAGCAAGGCCUUCCUGCAGCACUGGAGCAGCUCCCUCGCCGAGGAGCUCAAGCCCCAGGGCGUCGACGUCCAGCUCGUCCUCAGCUACCUCAUCACCACCGCCAUGAGCAAGGUGCGCCGCGCCAACGCCCUGAUCCCCACCCCCAAGGCCUUUGUCCGUGCCACCCUGAGCAAGAUCGGCUCCGGCGGCUACCAGAAUUGGGCCUACACCUACACGCCCUGGUGGUCGCACGCGGUCAUGCUGUGGGUUGUCGAGAACACCAUCGGCGCGGGCAAUUCGCUGGGCAUCUGGUACAACCUCAAGAUUCACAAGGAUAUUCGGAAGCGUGCGCUCCGCAAGGCUGAGAGGGAGGCCAAAAAGGCCUAACGGCUUUUAAUGUGGUUUUUAGUGGGACUUUCCUGUCGCGGUCACUGUGUUGGCUGAUGGUAUGUCACACCACGAGGCCGAGGGCUCUUUUUGAGGUCCUCGGCUAGGCUUCAGAGCAACUUUUCUCUACCUUGUCGUGGCGCCACUUGUAUUACACUACUGGGAUUUCUGGUGCCAAGGAAUCGACUUAUUCAGAUAUGAUUUGGAACAAAUGGGCAACGGGGGACUUGACGAUUUUUACAGAGGGAAUUUGUAAUGGCUGGGGGUCAAGCCAUUUUAUCCCUAUGUAAUACCUAUGGAGCAGUUUUAAUGGUUCCAAUUCAGAAGGAUCUGAAUUAA